AUGGGAACGGGAUGGGGAAAGGGAAAAGGAGAGACAGUUAGAAGGAGCACGAGCGCUGAUACGACCUGCAGCGCCCCGGCAACGAAAAAGAACAAGAACACCCUCACCAUCCCCAGUUCGCAAAUCAGGGAAGGUGGCCGUCCAACAGCCCCAAUCACCACCCCAAAUGGCAACCCCGAAUACCCCUACGUACCCUCUCCUGACGAGAGAUCCUUCUUCGACGCCCUCGACGACACCGAUCCAGACGUGGACUGGACCAUGAAAGCCGGGGAGCCGCACUACCGUCCUAUCAACACGACGACCCGUCUCCGCGCCGCAGUGGGCCAGCGCAUCGGGACACUAGUUACAGAUGGUGACGGCGAGGCGUGUGAGCGUUGCUACAAGGGACUGGGCCCAUUUGCCUCUUGCAAGACUGUUACGAUUCGAGGUAUAACCAAGUUCCGUGGCUCGUGCAUGAACUGUGUGUUUGCGGGUGGGGCGACGAAGUGCACGCUCCGGACAGGGCAGCAGACUGCACCGGCUGCGAGGGGUGCACAUGUUCCCAGUACCACGCGCGUUGCCGACGGGGCGAUUUCGAAGCCUGGGAGGCCGCCGGCCCCCAAGGGUCCUAGGAUUAGUCGCGAGGGCCGGGCCGUCACGAUUGAUGUGGAUAACCUCGUUUAUAUGCCGAGUCAGAUGAGCACGAUGAUUCAUAAUUUGAGGACGACCAAAGAUCUGAUCGAGGACUUCUUGGCGGAUCAGAAACUCCCGAGGAAUGCAGAAGGCCAGGUUGCUCCGGCUCCGUCUGCUAGCUCGUCACAGAGCAAGGAUUAUGGGAUGCGAGAUACUGGUCAGGCUAUUCGGGAAGAACCUAAUACAGCUGACCAGGCCAAUGCUCUAGUCCCGGAUCGAGGUUCAUCACAUAGAACAGACGAUGACACCCGAAACGCCGGCCAGGUUGUCCAGACAACACCGCCAACGAAUAAAGCCCGCGAUACGGAUAAACCUACCACUGACACAAUCAAGAGUCGAUCCAAUAACCCGUUUGCUAGCAUGUUGCAAAGCAAAGAUCAUGCGAUGCAAGGUUCAGGACCGGCCGUCCAAAGGGGAUCAAAGAGCGAAGCAGCAUCAAGCGGCGACCAAGAUCCUCUUGCUAGUUCGAUUGCCGGCUCGAAGAAAUUCUCUAACAAUGCAGGAAAGGACCAAGUUGAUGAUGUGCCAGUUCUGCCUGCUGGUCUAUCGCAGAGCAAAGAUCGUAAGACGCAAGCUGCGAAGAAGGCUGUCCAGAAAGAAGUACCGAAGUCUGAGACAGGCCGACGGAUACCACUCUCUAGCGACACAGCCAAGGGUCGAUCCAAUAAAUCGGUUGCUGGCUUGUUGCAGAUCAAAGAUGGUAAGACGCAAGCUGCGAAGAAGGCCGGCCAGAAGGAAUAG